AUGCACUUGUCAGGCACCCACGAAACAGAAUCUUAUCCCCUGAGACUUUCACUUCUUAAACUACUCAGAAUAAGUGUGUUUGAUGGAGAGUCAGACAACACAGUGGUGACAGAGUUCAUCCUCCUUGGUCUGACCCAGUCUCGAGAGAUUCAGCUCCUGGUCUUUGUGCUGAUCUCAGUUUUCUACCUCAUCAUCCUCCCUGGGAAUUUCUUCAUCAUCCUCACCAUAAGGUCAGACCCUGGUCUCACAGCCCCCCUCUAUUUCUUCCUGGGGAACUUGGCCUUCCUGGAUGCAUCCUACUCCUUCAUCGUGGCUCCCAGGAUGCUGAUGGACUUCCUGUCUGAGAAGAAGGUCAUCUCCUACAGAGGCUGCAUCACCCAGUUGUUUUUCUUGCACUUCCUUGGAGGAGGGGAAGGCUUACUUCUUGUUGUGAUGGCCUUUGACCGCUACAUCGCUAUCUGCCGGCCUUUACACUAUUCAACUGUCAUGAGCUCCAGAGCCUGUAAUGUAAUGCUGUUGGCUCUGUGGCUUGGAGGCUUUGCCCAUUCCAUUACUCAGGUGGCCCUCAUACUGCGUUUGCCUUUCUGUGGUCCAAACCAGCUGGACAAUUUCUUCUGUGAUAUGCAACAGGUCGUCAAGGUGGCUUGCACAGACACCUUUGUGGUGGAACUCCUGAUGGUCUUCAACAGUGGUUUAAUGAACCUCCUGUGCUUCCUGGGGCUUCUGGAAGUAGUCAGGAGUAUUUUAGACAAUGAAGACAGAAUUAUCAAUAAGGCAGGUACAGUUAUUGCUAUGUUGGACAUUAUGGAGAGAAGAUAA